ACGGCAUCGACGACAAGCCACUCCGGGAAAGAAAGCCAAAGCGAUGACUCUCCCUUUCACGAUUGCUCCACGUCUUGGCGCACUGCCAACAAUUGCUCCACCGACGUCCACGGAUUUUUUCACGCACGACGAGCAUUACGUUCCAACACUUGGUUCGGUACUCUCGACAAUCAAUGCGCUGCUGCCUUUGAACAGCUCCAUCAAGAUCCCGCGUCGGGCCACAUCCACCCACGACCAUGAUGUAUUGUCGGAAGCGUUUGACAUGGACACCGACACCGAGCACGCCAUUUUUGCAGAUAUGCUUGAGCGACACGAGCUUAAAGAGUCGCGAAGCAACUUGCCUGUUGUCGCGCAAAUUUGCCAUGGCAAACGCAGCUGCAUGAACUCAAUAUUGGCCAACAAAAUCUCCCAUUCGUCUUGCGAGAAAGCUUCAAGGCAAACGCGGGGGCUGAUCGUCACCAACUCGUUGGCGAUAUUUUUCCCAUUGUGGGUGCUUUCAAAAGUCGACAUGUGGCGGCUCGAACGACGAGUUUGUUGUCUUUUUCCCACACGCGUUUGAAUGGAUUCACGAGCUUUGCAAGAUUCCAGGUACAUUCCUGCAUGCUUCGCAUUCCAGUCAUGGCAUGGUUGGAAUUCGUACUCAACGGCCCACCAAGCCAUUCACGUAUUUACCCACGGAGAAGCUGGCGGACUCGGUCGAUAACGAUUGAGCGGCGACGUAUAUUGGAUGGACGGUUCUAGGCACCAUCCAAUUUGUGGUGCAAUCAGCAGACCUGGUCUGUGCCGCAACUUGUAAAAUAGAGUAUAUAAAGACGGAAUUGUUGCG